AUGUCCUCCGCCGAACGCUACAAACUAAUCUUCUUCGCCCCUCCAACCUCUCUGCCCGCCUGCAAAUCCGCCAUCUUCGCCGCCGGCGCAGGAAAAUACCCCGGUCCAGGCGGUUAUACCGAAGCCUGCUUCACCACUCCCGGUGUAGCGCAGUUCCGACCUGGGGAGGCUGCGAAGCCGCAUAUAGGGGAGAGGGGCAAGCUCGAAGAGGUUGGGGAGGUAAGAUGUGAGACCAUAGUGACUGGAGGCAAGGAGACGGUGAAGGGUGUUGUGGAGGCGUUGAAGAAGGCACAUCCGUACGAGGAGGUUGCGUACGAGGUUUAUCGGAUGGAGGAAUUUUGA